AUGGACAGCCCCGAGGUGAACACUUGGUCGUGCAUUGUUGUCAACCCCUUCCACGCUGAACACACAGCAUUACCCAUUCCUCCUACUCCUCCUUUUUCCUCCUACCCCUAUUCCUCCUACACCCCUACUCCUCCUACACCCCUACUCCUCCUACACCCCUACUGCCCCUACUCUCCUACUCCUCCUACGGCCCUACUCCUCCUACACCCCUACUCCUCCUACACCCCUACUCCUCCUACACCCUAUUGCUCCUACUCCUCCUACACCACUACUCCCCCUAGUCUCCUACGCCUCCUAUACCCCUUCUCCCUCCACACCCCUACUCCUCCUACACCCUACUCAUCCUACACCCUAUUGCUCCUACUCCUCCUACACCCCUACUCCUCCUACACUCCUACUCCUCCUACACCCUAUUGCUCCUACUCCUCCUACACCACUACUCCCCCUAGUCUCCCACUCCUCCUAUACCCCUUCUCCCCCUACUCUCCUACUCCUCCUACACCCUACUCCCCUACUCUCCUACUCCUCCUACGGCCCUACUCCUCCUACACCCCUACUCCUCCUACCCCCUGUUGCUCCUACUCCUCCUACACCCUAUUGCUCCUACUCCUCCUACACCACUACUCCCCCUAUCGUACUUGCGACUCAGUCCCGACAUCCGACAAUGCCCGCCCGUCCAACACGCCCCGUCCAACACUGCCUACACAUCCAACACGCCCCAUCAAACACUGCCUACACAUCCUGCACGACCCAUCCAGCACUGCCUACACAUCCUGCACGCCCCAUCCAACACUGCCUACACAUCCUACACGCCCCAUCCAACACUGCCUACACAUCCUGCACGACCCAUCCAACACUGGCCACACAUCCCGCACGCCCCAUCCAACACUGCCUACACAUCCCACACGCCCCAUCCAACACUGCCUACACAUCCCACACGCCCCGUCCAACACUGCCUACACAUCCAACACGCCCCAUCAAACACUGCCUACACAUCCUGCACGACCCAUCCAGCACUGCCUACACAUCCUGCACGCCCCAUCCAACACUGCCUACACAUCCUACACGCCCCAUCCAACACUGCCUACACAUCCUGCACGACCCAUCCAACACUGGCCACACAUCCUGCACGCCCCAUCCAACACUGCCUACACAUCCCGCACGCCCCAUCCAACACUGCCUACACAUCCCACACGCCCCAUCCAACACUGCCUACACAUCCCACACGCCCCGUCCAACACUGCCUACACAUCCAACACGCCCCAUCAAACACUGCCUACACAUCCUGCACGACCCAUCCAACACUGCCUACACAUCCUGCACGCCCCAUCCAACACUGGCCACACAUCCCGCACGCCCCAUCCAACACUGCCUACACAUCCCACACGCCCCAUCCAACACUGGCCACACAUCCCGCACGCCCCAUCCAACACUGCCUACACAUCCUACACGCCCCAUCCAACACUGCCCACACACCCAUCACGCCCCAUCCAACACUGGUCACUCAUCCCGCACGCCCCAUCCAACACUGCCUACACAUCCAACACGCCCCAUCCAACACUGCCCACACAUCCCGCACAACCCAUCCAACACUGGCCACACAUCCCGCACAACCCAUCCAACACUGGCCACACAUCCCGCACGCCCCAUCCAACACUGCCUACACAUCCUACACGCCCCAUCCAACACUGCCUACACAUCCCGCACAACCCAUCCAACACUGGCCACACAUCCUGCACGCCCCAUCCAACACUGCCUACACAUCCUACACGCCCCAUCCAACACUGCCUACACAUCCUGCACGACCCAUCCAACACUGGCCACACAUCCCGCACGCCCCAUCCAACACUGCCUACACAUCCCACACGCCCCAUCCAACACUGGCCACACAUCCUGCACGCCCCUUCCAACACUGCCUACACAUCCCACACGCCCCAUCCAACACUGCCCACACAUCCCGCACGCCCCAUACAACACUGGCCACACAUCCAACACGCCCCAUCCAACACCGCCCACACAUCCCGCACGCCCCUUCCAACACUGCCCACACAUCCAACACGCCCCAUUCCAACACUGCCCACACAUCCCGCACGCCCCAUCCAACACUGCCUACACAUACUGCACGCCCCAUCCAACACUGCUAGCACAUCCAACACUGCCCACACAUCCCGCACGCACCAUACAACACUGGUCACACAUCCAACACGCCCCAUCCAACACUGCCUACACAUCCUGCACGCCCCAUCCAACAUUGCUAACACAUCCAACACGCCCCGUCCAACACUGCUAACACAUCCCACACGCCCCAUCCAACACUGCCCACACAUCCAACACGCCCCAUCCAACACUGCCCACACAUCCAACACGCCCCAUCCAACACUGCCCACACAUCCCGCACGCCCCAUCCAACACUUCCCACCCAUCCCGCACGCCCCAUCCAACACUGUUAGCACAUCCAACACUGCCCAAACAUCCCGCACGCACCAUACAACACUGGUCACACAUCCCAAACGCCCCAUCCAACACUGCUAA